AUGCUGCGCGUGUGGAGCCGUGUUUCCGGGGAAGAGCUUGCCGCUGUGCCCAAAGGGACACUGUUUGAUGUGGUGGCCGUGAAGCGGCACUUGCGCGCCAAGUACCACUACCCAAUGUGCUUUCAAAGGCUUUUUGAGUCUGAGAGCGGCAUCGAGGAACUUCCAGGCAUGCCUCUGAGAACCACUGAGUGGCAGCUAGUGGUGUCCUCCACAUUGGGUAGGCCGGACCUGGAAGACCGAGCUACAGAGGAGCUUGUGCUGUACGCCGCCAAGAAAGGCCAUGUUGAAGUAGCCCGUGCUCUUCUGGCCGGAGGAGCCGACAAGGACUGGCAGGACGGUGUUACCAGCGAGAAGACAGCUCUCAUGCACGCUUGUGCCCAGGGCCACAUUGAUAUGGUCCGAUUCCUCCUUGAAGCUGGUGUCAAAACCAACUUGAAGGACAGCCAAGGCAAAACCGCGCUAAUGCACGCAGCGGGCCAGGGCCAUGCUGAGAUCGUGCAUUUGCUUGUGGAAGCUGGUGCCGACAGGAACUUGCAGGACAACCGCGGCAGACUUCCCAACCUCCAGUAG